AUGGGAAGGAAAUAUGUGGUUUUGGGUUUAGCAGUGUGUCUCUUUCUCUCAAGCUUCAAUGAGGUUUCUUGUCAGGCCGAGGGAGGCAUAGAGUCGAGUAAUAGUGAAUUUCAAGGUAGCUUCCUAGAAGAAGGAGAAGUAGAAGUUACAAAGAUUGAGAGUGAAAGCCAGAGCAGCAGCUCGGAGCAGAACACUAAAUUGUCUAUGUCGGAGGAAAACCAAGAAGAUUCUUUUGAUGUUGAUAAGUUUAUCGAGUCUGAAGCUGUUAGUAGUCGUGAAGAAUUAGGUCAAAGUUCGAGUAUGGACGAAGUAAACCGUGACCUUGAAGCCAUUCUCGAUAGUCUAAAUAAACGAGAUGGAUCUGAUGAUAUCAGUAAAGUUGGUGAAUCUAUGGAUGCUGCUGGAAUUGCUGAUGAAAGAAGGCAACGGCUGGAAGAUAUUGAACGAAAACUGAAAGCCGCGGCUGCUACAAAUAUUGUUGUAGAAGAUGGAACCUCAAAGAGAAAGAGUAAGGUGGAGGAAACACAAGAGGUCGUCAAAUUUGAAAGUGAAUCAAGUAGUGCAUCAUCGGAAAGUCGUCGUCAGUCGUCUAGCUCUUAUAACAGUUUUAAUAAAGGCACUGGUGGCUCGGAAAUGUUGGGAUCUCUAGGAAUUUCACAGUCAGGUUCGUGGCGUUGUUAUAACCAGGACAAAAAUGGUGUUAGUGAAGAGGAGGAUACUUCCAUAGUUAUACCAAAGUAUGACAUAGAUUCGAUCAUCAAGGAAGAAUCCACUUCCCAGGGCUCCUCGUCAAAGACCUCUAGUCUUAUAGCAUCUCUGACUAAAAUUGUUGAGAAGCAUAGGAAAGAAAAGUGGUCUUCUGGUGUAAGUGUAAGUGUAACCAAAGGAGCUUCUUCCACACAAACAUCAGAGACCGUAGAGAAGCUAAAAGUGACAUUGAAAAAGUAUCGUGGUUUAAGUGCGCGUGAGCUCGUGGCUCGUUCAGAUUUCGAAGAGAUACUGGCGACUGCUGCACGUUAUGAGGAGCUGAGCUCGGCCUCAGUAAGCCACAUUUCGAGGCUGUCCAUGUACAGAAGUGUGAUCAAAGAAGGAAUCAAGGCCUCUCAGCGAGUUCAGCUUGCGUAUGCUCGUACUAGAUUGCUCAAAGAAAUGGCCGUGGAGAAGCAGAAAAAUGUAGACGCUGAGUUAGCAUUAGUCAAGGCUUUGGCUGAGAGAGGAGACAUGUUGUACGUGAAAAUAUUUGCGAUCAAGAAACUGAUUUCGAAACUUGAGGCCGAGAAGUAUGAGGUUGAUAUGACUUUCGAAAAGACAGUUGCGAAUCUAUCACGCGUUAUAGAGGAGGCUUCUCAAGCUUACGAGGAGUAUCAUGUGGUCGUGCGUAAGUGGAAAGAGGAACAAGCAUCUGAGGAAUUCUCGCGUGAGGCCAUUGAGAGGGUAGAGAUGGUUUGGGUUGAGUUUCUCAGCACUCUCUAGAGACAAGUCUUUUGUUUUCUUCUCUUUUAA